AAGCACUACUCUAUCUGAGACAAUACAACACAACAUGGAACCUCAGCAACUCCUGCGUUGGAUCGAUAAGCAAGAGAUCGUGCAGAUCGACAGGCUGUGCUUGCAUGCACUGUGUUUCCCGCAACUCAGGAGCAGUGCCGACCAAGUCACGGACGCGCACAGGAAGACUUUUAGCUGGACUUUUCACCAUAGUACACAACCAAAAUCAGUCCAUCAAUCCAAAUUUCGAAGAUGGCUUGGAUCAGAUGAGUCCAAGCAGAAUACUUUUUUGGGAUUUUUGGCAAACCAGGAGCUGGGAAGAGUACCUUGAUGAAGUUCAUCGCUCACUAUCUCGCGUGAAACUAAGGUCGUAAGACUUGUGUAGCGCCGCAUCCAUUGACUAUCGUCGACUACUACUUCUGGACACAUGGAGACUAUCUGCAAAGCUCUUUGACAAGACUUCUCAAUCGUCACUGUACACCAUCUUG